AUGCCUCCAACUACAGACCCAGCCGUUCGGAAGUCCAUCCGUGCCGCGAUCCUAGAUCGUCACCGACGAAACGUCCCUAUUGACCAAGAAGAGAUCAAAGCCAGAUACACCAAGAAGCACCCCCACCUUAGACCCUACAUCCUGAACAUUGUCACCGACUACACAGCGCAUCUUGAGUCUCAGAAAAGGCCCCGUAAAGGCUCCAGCGCAACUCAGUCUAUCCAACAUAAUAGUCGUGAGGCCGCAUCAACACCGACGGUCUCGGCAACGCCGUCUACAGUUCAUUCCUCUAAUACCAGCGAGUAUUCGCAAAUUCUUAUUCCGAAAUUUCUCGAAAAGCCCACGCAUGGAGGUGCAGCACAAAACUCGGAAAGUGCCUUUGCCUUCGGGGUGAUGACAGAACCAACGCCUCUCAUGAAAGACUUCACGGAACAUCUCGCCAGUAGCAAAUGCAAAGAACAUACUGCGGUGGCUGCGGUAGCAGCACCCGCCAUGCCCUCGCUGGAUGAUCAACAACACUUUCUCAGUUCUGACGAAGAAGACGAAAUGAUGGCCGUUCCACAGACCGCAGAUCUGAAGCAUGCAGCACUCCUAUCGGCAGCACUCGAGAGGCAAGGAUACAAUAUGCCUUCUCAGUUUGCACUCCUCGGAAAGCUGAAGCCGUCAAAUUAUGAAAUCGACAACCCGGAUCCUAGAGUGGUCCUAAACACCAAUGUCCCAUUCUCUGCAUUUAUCUGCGGCCUGCAGGGAAGUGGAAAAUCUCACACCACCUCGUGUAUCAUUGAGAACUGUUCGAUGACCAUGCCAGGCCUCGGAAACCUGAAGCGAUCCGUUUCCACCCUCGUACUCCACUUCAACGAGUACAGCUCCAAUGUCAAUUCUCAGCCCAGCGAAGCAGCCUUCCUCGCGUCAGUGCUCCCAAAAUAUGCAGCGGAACAGAAACACAUUCCCUUGCGUGUCCUUGUUUCACCAACGAACUUUCACAACCUCUCGUCCAUGUACGCACAUAUCCCAAAUGUAGAGGUGCGACCGUUCAAGAUCAACCCUCGAAACUUGAACAUCGGGAUGAUGCUUUCCCUCAUGUCGAUGUCCCAGAGUGAUCACAUGCCGCUUUACAUGGCCCAAGUUCUGAAAGUGUUGCGGGAAAUGGCGAUGGAGAGCGGUGGGAAGUUCGAUUAUGGCGAUUUCCGUAGGCGUCUUGCCAAUCUCCGCCUGGACCGUCACCAAACUCCAUUUCUUGCGCAGAGAUUAGACCUUUUGGAUUCCUAUCUCGACCUGGUCGGCCAGAACGCCGGUAAUUACUUUGUUGACGGGGGUGUCACUAUUCUUGACUUAUCCUGCCCCUUUGUCGAUCAAAGCACCGCGUGUGUUCUGUUUCGUAUCGCAAUUGACUUGUUCCUCUACGCCCAUCCUUCCCGAGCCAAGAUGAUCGUGGCAGAUGAGGCCCACAAGUACAUGUCAGAAACGAGUGCCGCGAGAGAGCUGACAGAGAGCUUCCUGAAUAUCAUUCGCCAACAGCGCCACCUGGGAGUCCGCACCAUCAUAUCGACCCAAGAGCCCACAAUCUCUCCACGUAUUAUCGAUCUGUGUUCCAUCACCAUCAUACAUCGAUUCACGAGCCCCAAAUGGUACGAGACAAUUCGCGCACACCUUCCAAUCGAGAACGGAAAUGACACCCCGGAUAACGGAAUCUCUGACGGCCUGUAUCAUAUUGCCAGUCUUCGUACCGGCGAGGCGAUCGUUUUUGCGCCCUCUGCCCAGCUUGUUGAUGGAGAGGGAGAGACAUUGGAUACUAAACACCGUACCUUCAGGUUGAUGGUUCGGAAGAGAAUAACCUGGGACGGUGGCCGUACCAUUCUGUCUGUUCGUUGA